GAGGCAGACAGUUGAUUUGGUCAUCAACUUUCCUGAUCUGCCUCAACAGCUGUAAGGCUAAACUUGUAGUCCCUCGGUUGUGCAUGCAGCCGCUCAUGGUGAGAAGGGAAGAGUGGACUUGAAACUAGGACAGGAGCAGUCUGGCCUCUUUCCCUUCGAACCAGUGGCAGAGAUUUGCAACAGGAGGAGAGAACACACUAGUCUGAGGCAGAGAGAAGACUUUCUUGGGAAGCUUGCUGCGGUCACUGACAAGAGAAGCCCCUGGGACUCAGACCAGUGUCCACAUUUCAAUUUGAUAAGUUUUACCCUUUUUUUUUUUCAUAUAUCGAGGGACGAAUAUUCACUCAACAGAGAUCUCACCACCUGGAAACAUGCACAAGCGCACAAAGAUCAAGAUUGCCAUCUUCGUGCUCCUGGUGGGUAUGGCCUGCACGUUCACAGCGGUGGUGACGGACCACUGGGCCGUGCUCAGCCCGCGGGUGGAGAGAGUCAAUGAGACCUGUGAGGCGGCCCACUUUGGCCUGUGGAGACUGUGCAAGAAGCAGAUUUACAUGAGCUCCGAAAACAACUUGGAACAAGGCUGCGGACCCAUCAGCCUGCCUGGAGAGGAAAACUGCACUUACUUCGGACACUUCACUCCGGGAAAGGACUCAGAGAUAUUUGAGUACAAAACCCAAAAAGAGUACAACAUCUCGGCUGCAGCCAUCUCCAUCUUCAGUCUGGCCUUCAUGAUCCUGGGCUCUCUGUGUUUACUCGGGUCAUGCACUGGUAAAGGCAAAGGCAGAGACUACCUCCUCAAACCUGCCGGCAUGUUCUUUGCGUUCGCAGGCCUCUGCCUCUUCAUCUCCCUGGAGGUGAUGCGUCAGUCAGUGAAGCGAAUGAUCGAGAGCGAGGACACGAUCUGGAUCGAGUACUACUACGCCUGGUCCUUCGCGUGCGCCUGCGCCGGCUUCGUCCUCCUCUUCCUCACCGGCUUCGCCCUCCUCAUCCUCUCCAUGCCCCAGAUGCCCAGGAACCCGUGGGAGACUUGCAUGGACGCUGAGCAGGACCAGGUGGAGUGACGGCCGCACGGACGGACAAGCGGGACGAUCUUUCUUUUGGUUUUGAGUACAGAUGUUGGAUUCAUUUCGAGAACAGGAGCUGGCGGCUGCAUGAAGCCGUGAUGACAGAGACUCGACAACAAUCAUCGUGGGAAGCUGACCUCCCAAUAAUUAUAACAUAUAAACAUAUAAUACAUGUACAUAUAAUAAUAAUAAUAAUGGAGUUUUUAAUGCUUGCUCUAAAGCAGGUAUGUGUCCAAUACACAGGUCCUGUCCAACACCAUCAAAGCUCUCAUAUCCUGUUGGAGACCAGAGCUCAGAUUAGACCUGUGGUUUCUCAUACUUCAUCAGAUCUGGGCCAAAUAGUAUAAACAAAUAUCUGAAAACGUUUUAAGUAUGCUUCCCUAUCCACUCAUAUCAUCUGCAUAUGUUUUAAAACAUGUUUAUUUAUUUUUUAAAGGACUAAUCAAUUACAACUCAAUGCCAUCAGUCCAAGGUCCUGUUUGGUCCCAUUGUCACUGUCACGCUCACAACAAUGAUACUUGAGUUUGCAUGUAUUUAGGGUUGCAAAAUUCCGGGAAAUUUCAAAGUUGGAAACUUUCCAUGGGAAUAUACGGGAAUUAACGGGAAUUAACUGGAAAUUGUGUGGAUAUUAUACUAACUGUAUCUACCUUGUCAUAUUCAGACAUAAAUAUAAACAUUUUGUUUUGUCAUAGGCUGAUUUGAGCCCUGAGGAAACUUUGGGCACUUGACUAUAUGCUUCUGGAUCUUUGUGUCAUUCUUAACAUAGGUCUUUGCACAGUAUUUGCAAAUGUACACAGCCUUUCCUUCUACAUUGGCUGGGCUGAAAUGUCUCCAUACGUGAGAUAGUGCACGUGGCAUUGUUCUGUAGAAUAAGAUGAGAAAAAAGCUUGUAAAAAAACACUAAAGCGAUGCCGGAGAUAUAAAUAGUUGGCCAAACAAUUGGAAUCCUCUUUAAAAAUAUUUUACAAUUGAUAGAUAAAUGAAUAGAAAUAGGCUAGAUGAACACAUAAAAAAUCCUCAAUCAGCAUGUUAAUAUAUUUUCCCCAGUCAUAUCAUCGAAACUUACCUGAAUAGUCCUGCACACUACAGCAGGCCUCAAUAGCCCUGCUGUAGUGUGCAGGAUGCUGGCAAUUUUCUGUGCAUGUGAUGGAGAAAUGCACAGUGGAUGGUUGAAAUUCAACGUGCAGCGUGUGCUGCAUUCCAUACAUCUUUAAAAUAGAGUUUUGAAUGAUGUUUUUAUUGCUCAGCGUUUAAUUUAUGUAUAUAUAUUUUUUUCAAAAUUUCCCAAAUUCCCAAGCUUAAUAUUCCCAUGGAAAGUUUCCUGAAAGUUUUCUCGAUAUUGACUGAAAAGUUCCUCCCCCUUGCAACCCUACAUGUAUUUACUGCAUUAUGUAUGAUAUCCUGUACAUAUCUUCUGCUGCUGAUCGCUGUGAUGCGUCGCUCAUGUGAUCUCUCACUUACAGCAAGAAAAACAAGUCUGCAGCACACGUCAAGUGGAAUGUUAAGCAAAGCAGUAACACAGGGCAGGUUUGUGUGUGUGUGGCAGGCUGAAUGCUAAACACCCACACAGUCACAGUACAGCACUGAUCACGUUGGAAAAGGUUCACUACUAGCAGGUGCAGAUAUCAGCCCCUUUAUUUUUUUUUGGUAGACAGUUGGAAACAUGCAAUCACAGUGUCAGCUUAGCUUCAAUUCAAGUGACAGGAAGACACGUCGCUUUGUUUCAGAAUCGAUUGUGAUCACAAAUGGCACAAACGAGCAGGACACAACUGUUAUUCAGCUGCGAGAAGCUCAAUGCAACGUGGAGAGGUGGAUUUUUCUCAAAGAAAUGUUGCAAAUUAAGUAGAAUAUUUUUCAAACUUGGAGAGCACAUCCCUGAGCCGUGCCGCCGCCAUACCUCGUCCAAGGCCAGUGCCAUAUUGUACCAUGUUAAAAAAGGUUAAUGGCUCCUCCAUUGGAUUCUCAAGGUAAUCUGUUUGAGUUAGUUUUUCUGUAACCCUGCUGACAUACAGACAGAGAGCAAUGAAAACACCACAACCUUGGUGGGUGCAACCACAUUGCCGAAGAAAGAGGACUUGUAGUUUUGAAUGCAUUUCAAUUAACGUUCUACAGUGUGAAUGGCGAUGCUGGUAUGUCACAGCUUUGUGAGCGUAACAAUGAGAAAGGUGAGAAUGAGAAAUCAUUCAGGAGGCGGACAAAACAAAAAAUUAAAAGUACAGCGCACAACUCCACCAAGGCCCAACAGUGACCUUAAAUUCAACCAAGCUGCGCCACACUCACAGGUAAAUAUCCUUGAUUUUGGGAAAUCGUUGAAAAUGUCAAAGAGACUUUUGUCACAAUGUUAAAAUGAGGUGAAAACAAAGUCCUGAAUGCGCCCCUUUGUCUGGACCGCCACCAAAUUUGAAUGGUUCUUUCUUAGCUCUUGUCUCACCCUGCCACAAAGUUUUUUAGAACUCCAUUAAGUAAUCCUGCUCACAUACAAACAAACCACGGACUGUGGCGAAAACAAAAACACAACCUUUAAAUUCAUGCUCCCCGGGUUUGUCCCCAUAUGAUCUCUUGCUGUCCUGUCAGUCUCUAAACCAGACCAUUUAUUUUUUACUCUACUUGGUAUCUCCACUGACACAACUGCUAUCCUUCUGUCCAUGUAUAUGUAAGUGAGCAUACAGGAGUUAAUGUAUUUGACCUUUCUGCAGAGGCGUCACAGUGAAAAGCCUCCCUGUCAGCUGUUUAUCUGUUAGUGAGAGCUGCAUCCUAUAUGAGCUUCUUCAGGGCUGAAGGUUUAUUUCUAAAUGUUUUUCUUUCCUUUCACUUUGACUUUUCUAAUAUUCGUCACUGACAAAAAGAGUUAACUGCUCAAAGAAAAUCAAAAAAAAAAAAAUCGAAUGCGCUUAAUAAAACCAAUGAAACCUGCCGAUAUGAGCUUUCUAUAUUCUUAGUCUUUUUUAUGUUUUGGACUUUUUCAUUGAACAUAGCAUGCAAUCAAGCUAAUUGUAGAACUAUAACAACUAAUGUGUGGUGUGUUCUUUAAUGAAAAUUAAAAGUUGAGUUUUGGAAAACCCCU